AUGGAGUCUAGUGAUUCCGACAAGAUCAUCGAGAUUCUGCUCAUUCUGUUUCUUCCGCCGUUAGCGAUAUGGUACCAUGAUCGAAAUUGCUCCGGCGCAGUCUGUCUCAAUAUUAUUCUACUGUUCCUCUUCGUGCUUCCAUCGAUUGUCCAUGCUAUGUGGUACUGCUUCAUGAGAAAGGAGCCCAAAUAG